ACGGCGCCAUAUUUAAUACAUCAGACGCUAGCUGUUAGCAUUAGCUGUUUACAAACUUUCACCUGAGAGACUGAAUCACAAAGCAAGCCUUAAACUAAAUUAAAGAUGAAUGUUAUAGAUAAUGUCCGGGAAAUGGCAGCUGCUGGCCUUCACUCUAAUGUCCGGAUAUUGAGCAGUUUGCUGCUGACGAUGAGUAAUAACAACCCAGAGCUGUUGUCACCGGCCCAGAAGUACCAGUUGUUGGUUUACCACGCUGACAGCAUCUUCCACGAUAAGGAGUAUCGUAAUGCUGCCUGCAAAUACAGCAUGGCGUUACAGCAGAAGAAGGUGCUCAGCAAAACGUCUAAAGUCCGUACUUCUACUGGUGGAGCUGCGUCUAACAUACAGGCACAGAGUUUGCCCUCAGAAAUUGAAGUGAAGUACAAGAUCGCUGAAUGCUACACCAUACUGAAACUGGAUAAAGAUGCUAUUGCAGUUCUCGACGGGAUCCCAUCCAGACAGAGGACUCCAAAGAUCAACAUGAUGCUAGCUAACCUGUACAGGAAAGCCGGUCAGGAGCGUUCUGCGGUGACGAGCUACAAAGAGGUGCUCAGACAGUGCCCCCUCGCCCUGGACGCAAUCAUCGGUCUCCUCUCUCUGUCGGUGAAAGGAGCCGAGGUGGCCUCCAUGACGAUGGAUGUGAUUCAGAGCAUCCCCAACCUGGACUGGCUGUCCGUGUGGAUCAAAGCGUACGCCUUCAUCCACGCCGGAGACAACCAGAGAGCCAUCAACACCAUAUGCUCUCUGGAGAAGAAGUCUCUUCUGCGGGACAACGUGGACCUGCUGGUGAGUCUGGCAGACGUUCACUUCAGAGCCGGAGACACCAAGAACGCCAUCCUCAAGUUUGAACAGGCUCAGAUGCUCGACCCGUACCUUAUCAAAGGAAUGGAUGUCUACGGCUACCUGAUGGCCAGAGAGGGACACCUGGAGGAUGUUGAAGUCCUGGGAGGAAGAUUAUUUAAUAUUUCAGACCAGCACGCAGAACCCUGGGUCAUCUCUGGGUGUCACAGCUUCUACAGUAAGCGUUACUCCAGAGCGCUGUACCUCGGGGCAAAGGCGAUCCAGCUGAACAGCAACAGCGUUCAGGCGCUGCUGCUGAAGGGCGCCGCGCUCAGGAACAUGGGCCGAGUUCAGGAGGCCAUCAUCCACUUCAGAGAGGCCAUGCGCCUGGCCCCCUGCAGACUGGACUGUUACGAAGGUCUGAUCGACUGUUACCUGGCAUCCAAUGGGAUCCGAGAGGCGAUGGGGAUGGCCAACAACAUCUAUAAGACUCUGGGCGCUAACGCACAGACGCUCACCAUCCUGGCCACCGUGUGUCUGGAGGACCCGGUGACGCAGGAGAAAGCUAAAACUCUGCUGGACAAAGCCCUGGCUCAGAGACCCGACUACACCAAGGCUGUGGUGAAGAAGGCGGAGCUGCUCAGUCGGGAGCAGAAAUACGAGGAAGGCAUCGCUCUCCUGAGGAAUGCACUGGCCAAUCAGAGCGACUGUGUGCUGCACAGGAUGCUGGGAGAUUUCCUGGUGGCCGUCAACGAUUACCAAGAAGCCAUGGAUCAGUACAGCAUAGCACUCAGCCUGGACCCGAACGACCAGAAGUCUCUGGAGGGGAUGCAGAAGAUGGAGAAGGAGGAGAGUCCGACGGACGCCACGGUGGAGCUGGACGGAGACGACAUGGAGGGCAGCGGCGAGGACGGAGACCUGGAGGGCAGCGACAGCGAGGCGGCGCAGUGGGCCGACCAGGAGCAGUGGUUCGGGAUGCAGUGACCCCCGUAGACUGACAGGGAAACAGCCCCGUCAGCCUCCAGGGGGGAUCAGGACUACAGGCCUCAUUCAUUUCCCAAAAUCCAGAAAACACAUCUGAGGAGCUGAUCGUCUGUGCAGAACAGGCUCAACCCCAGGGAAUUCAUUCAACGCUCAGUAAUUGUGAAAAGGAAGAUACAUCUCUGACUUUAUUUCUGGAACUCUACCUGCAUCAUUAUCGGGUCAAUGUUUGCUCCAGAAAAUGUCUAUUUUAGUUUCUAGAUGUCUUUAUUUGUCAUUUCCAAAAACAAAUUUGGAAUUUGAAAACUAAGUGUCAGCUGUUAAAAUAUACUUAAAAAGAGCUUCUUUGGGAUGCUUUUCCGAGGUUGAAGAGGAAGCUAAAUCAGACCGCGUUGGGAGAUUUUGUUGAGGCCCCAAAUGUGUUUCCGUUACGACUAUCUGUUUUCUGUGAGCCUCUCUGACACCCGUUGCCAUAACUGUGAGACACUCGAACAGCGUCCGUGAUAAAGAGACUGUGCCGGAUCUCCGCUGCGCUCAAAUAUCCUAACUUGAGUUUUGUGAAAUGAAAAUGUUGAAAUGUACAUGUUUAUUAUCCUGUGUUGUUUUCUGAGUCUGCCUUUGUGUGUCAAAAAUAACCUCCCAUUGACUCAAGUGUUACUUAAACAUGUUUAUAGUAUUUUGUACAUAUUUUUAAAGUGUAUAAUAAAAUAAUUAAACACCUUCACUUGACAUAAAGAGUGAAUCCAGUUUAUCUCUAAAAGGGA